UUGCAAGGUCAACGUCAAAACCCUCCCACGAGGCAAGUAAAUUAGAGAAACAAAAACUGAAAAUCGCAGCCUAAUAAGCCCAUCAAGAAAUCAGAGAAGAGGACCUUCUUAUCAUGGAUUUCCAUUAAAACCCAAGAUUUGCUGUAUAGAUAAUUACAGUCCUCUCUUUCCUUAACCAAUCACAACUCCACAAUCUCUCUGUCUCUGUCUUUCUCUCUCUAGAUCUACUUUUAAUACAACCUUAUUUGUUGUUAGAACAUCUAAAAUCCCUUCCCUUGGAUUCUCUCAUCUAGUAAAUCCUUCAAAGUUUUGGCCUUUUAGCUUUUAUUUUAAGGCUUCUGCAUUGAAGGAUCAUAAAGUUUUGUUCUUUGCCCUUUGAAAUUGAUGACAAGGGUGAUGGUGUCUGCAAUUUGAUUGACCAGAAUCCCUCAAGGCAACUACAUAUAGAUUCCCAAGUUUCUGGACCUGCACAGAAAUGAGUUUGUUGUAUCUUGAAUCUCUGAUGAGAUUAAUGGUGUCUGCAUUCAAUGCGGGUUUGAUUUCUGAUACAUCUGUUGCGGGAUUAGAGAUUGGUGAGAAACAAGAUCCAAGAACAGUCUCUUAUAUACUUAUCGAUACUGAUUCAAGGAAUAGUUUGAUUUCUGGGUUAUUUGGGAGAGAAUAUGUGAGUGAUGGUUUCGACGUCAUUGAUGAGAAUUGUUUCACCCUGUUGGAAGCCUUCCGUCGAGGGUGAAAAUUCCAGUAAUGGUGGGGAUGCUGCUGGUAGAGCUGAGGGCUUGUUAUGGUACAAAGAUUCAGGUCAGCAUGUUAAUGGGGAAUUUUCAAUGGCAGUAAUUCAAGCGAACAAUCUAUUGGAAGACUAUAGUCAACUUGAAUCGGGGCCAAUGAGCUCAGUUGACCCAAGUCCUCAAGGAACAUUUGUUGGAGUCUAUGAUGGCCAUGGAGGUCCAGAAGCUGCCCGGUUUGUAAAUGAACGCCUUUUCGAAAACAUCAAGACUAUUCAUGGUGCAGAAUUCACGUCAGAAAGCAAUGGAAUGUCAGCAGAUGUUAUCAACAAAGCAUUUUUGGCAACAGAAGAGGAAUUUCUCUCUCUAGUGAAGAACCAGUGGCUACAGAAGCCACAGAUUGCUUCUGUUGGUGCUUGUUGUUUGGUAGGUGUAGUAUGCAGUGGUGUUCUCUACAUUGCAAAUGCAGGAGAUUCCCGGGCAGUGUUAGGAAGAUUGGAAAGGGCCUUUAAGGAGAUCAAAGCAGUUCAGUUAUCAUAUGAACAUAAUGCAAGUAUAGAAUCUGUGAGAGAGGAGUUGCAUUCAUUGCACCCCGAUGAUCCACAUAUUGUUGUUCUAAAGAACAAGGUUUGGCGUGUGAAGGGUCUGAUUCAGAUCUCAAGAUCUAUAGGUGAUGCCUAUUUGAAAAGGGCGGAGUAUAACAGAGAGCCUCUGUUAGCCAAAUUUAGAUUGCCUGAACCCUUCAAUAAACCGAUUCUUAAAGCUGAGCCAACAAUUUUAGUGCAGAAACUCUACCCUGAAGAUCAGUUUCUUAUCUUUGCAUCAGAUGGCCUGUGGGAGCACCUAAGCAAUCAGGAGGCAGUUGACUUUGUCCACAGCUGUCCACGUAAUGGUGUUGCAAGGAAACUUCUCAAAGCUGCGCUUCGUGAAGCAGCGAAGAAAAGAGAAAUGAGGUAUUCAGACUUGAAAAAGAUUGAUCGUGGUGUCAGGAGACAUUUUCAUGACGAUAUCACAGUCAUUGUUUUGUUUCUUGAUUCGAAUCUUGUCAGUCGCAGCUCCUUCCGCGGGCCCCUAAUUUCCAUCAAGGGAGGUUAUGGUGUCUCUGGAAAUGGCAACACUUAGCUCGAGAAUUCUUGCACUCUAUCCCCAUUUCUUCGUUUGUAUUGAGAAACAAUUUUUUCUUUGAAGAGGAGAGAGCUUAAAGAAUCCCACCCCCCCUUGUUUUUUCAAUUGUAUAGCCACGCAUCUCAGAAGCCUACUUUAAUUUGUUGAAAGACCUCCUUAGGUAAGUAUAGUUGAUGCCAUGACAGAGAGAUACCUCAGCAAAAGCCUUUGUUAGUAGCUGUCUGGUUGUUGGCAUAUGAUACUUGAUAAUCUAUAGUCUUCCUCAACUGCCUUGAGAACCAGAAAAAAUAACCCCGUUUAGAGUGAAAUUCACAAUAUUGUUCAGUUUUAGUUCACAGAGUUUUCGUUUUUUGUGUGAAUCUGGGUCUGCCAUCUGGCCUUUUUCAA